UUUCUACUUCAUACAUUUAAUUUUAAAAUAACUGACAAAUUCAGAAAGCAUUUUUUUGAAAGCUAAAUGAUACCUCUUCAAGAUCAUUUAUGAGAUUGUAGAAUCUUUCUUAAGAGUUUUGCAACAAAAAAAAAACAAUGUAGUUUUCGACAGCAACAUGCUGAAGUAUGAAUAUAUAAACGCAGAAAUAAAUACUCUUCUAGUUGACUAUGAAAUUCCAAAUAAACUUUGUAUUUUAGAGUCUAUUCUGUAACUCUUAGAUUCAUUUUCUCAAAUGGUUAGAGAAAUUUUUUUUAACUAAUUUUAAUUUUAAUUAAAUGUCAAAUGAAUCCUACAAGUGCUCAUAUGCACUAUAAAAUAAAUAAAAAGUAAAUAAAUAAAUAAAGAGUACCAUUUAUUAUUAUAUAUAUUAGACCGAUGAAAAAAAAGGAAAAACAAUAUUCAUUCAUUCAUGUAUUCUUUCAAUUUAUUGUCAAUUUUGGCUAGAGAAAAAUGUAUUAUUAUUUAUAUUGACGACAUCGGUCAAAUAGAAUAGAUGAAUAUAUAUGCAUAUAAAUAUUGACUUUUCAUAUAUCGAAAAGAAUGGAUUAGUAAUAAUAAACAUGCAAUAUGCAUGCAUUAGAUUAAAUGAUUUACCUGAUUAAAUCCUUAUGAUUAUUUUCAAAAAAACUCGACAAUUUUGAUAUACUUUAUUCUUUUCAAGGUGUUAAUGAACGACUAAAUAAAAUUAUUCAAAAUCCAAUUUUUACAAGUCAUUUGACUUUUGUUAAAUGGUUAUCACAUAAUUUUAUAGAUCUAAUUUGUUGUGGUAUGAUACUUAAUCGAUUUUAUUUACAAAUUUUACCUGAAAUUCAUCAUAAAAUCCAAUGGCUUGAUCUUGAAUCAUCAUCUAUGAAAUAUGUUUUACAUGCUGCCGAUUAUCCUAAUUUACAUACUCUUGGUCUAUAUAAUAUUAAUGAAGAGUCAGCUCGAAGUCUUUUUACUGGUAGGAUAUUUCAAUUGAAUUAUUCUUAUUCUAAAAACAAAAAUGAAAAAUCUAUCAAACUUAUUCAUAUAGAUCACUAGAUUAUAUGAAUAUAUUGAUAUUAUUCUCAUAGUUUUUUUUCUUACUAAUAUUCUACAUAUAUAUUUAGACAAAAAUCUUUCAUCUGAUAUUUUCAAAGAUCAGAUUACAACACUUUGUUACAAUUGAUCAUAAUAACGAGACAGAAUUAACAAUCAUAAACAUAUGCAAUUACAUCUUGACUGUUUUCAUCAGUUUAAUUUCUUUAACAUUAUUGGGUGUGGGUGUGGGGUAUAGGUGUGCAGUGUAAAGUGUGGGGUGUGGGGUAU